AUGGCGUUCCUCAUGCGCCGACCCUUCGCCGUCACCUCGACCCUCGCCCGCGAACUCCAGCAAUCCGCACCCCGAACCGUCUUCCGAUCCUUCCAGACUUCCACCCAGCAACCCAUCAAGCAGAACGCCUUCAAGCAGAUCGCGCCCAUCACGAAGCAGCAGAGUGUCUUCCGUAAUGCGUUCCAGCAGAGCAGGAGGGGGUAUCAGACACAAACACCGCAAACCCCACUGGCACAGGGUAACUUGACGCAGAGGCUGGUGUAUGGAGGUGCCAUCUUUGGUGGUACGCUGCUGGCUGUUCACUUGAUCUUUAACCGUGAGACACGAGAGGAUGGAGGUAUGCCGCCGUAUGAGAGGAGUUAUUUGAAUGAGACGUUUUUGCAUACUGGGCUCGGCAUCGGCAUCAUCGGCAUCGCAGCUCGCGCCCUGCACACGAACGGCUGGUCCUACCGCCUCAUGUCCGCCAACCCAUGGCUCGUCCUCGGCAUCGGUCUCGUCGGCUCUAUCGGCACCAUGAUGGGCUGCCACGCUACACCACCGGAGAACUACGUGCUGAAAUACGGACUCUGGGCUGGCUUCAACGUCACGCAGGCUGCCCUGCUCUCGCCACUUCUGUUCUUCUCCCCGGCCAUCCUCGCGCGCGCAGCUCUCUACACCGUCGGUCUGAUGGGCUCCAUCGCUUUCGUUGGUGCGACUGCAAAGACUGACAAGUACCUCUACAUCGGUGGCCCACUCCUUGCUGGCGUCGCUAUCGUGGCGCUUUCCGGUCUGGCUCCGUUGGUUCUUCCUGCGACUGCUGCACGGACGCUGAUGUGGACGGAGAACAUCUGGCUGUACGGAGGUCUGGCCGUCUUUGGAGGCUUUACUCUCUACGAUACGCAGAAGAUUCUGGCACACGCGCGGAUGGCUGAAAGGGGACAGUUCAAGCGCGAUGCUGUCAACGAGAGCAUUGCGCUCGAGCUGGACUUCAUCAAUAUCUUUGUGAGGAUGGUGCAGAUUAUGGGCAUGUCGCAGAGGAGGAAGUAA